AUGAUGCGGCCGAAAGAAGGGGCAGUGAAGUUAGCUCGAGCUUCCGAGAUACUCCUUGAGGCCACAAAACUGCUCUCGGCUUCUCGAUCUCCAAAACAUCAUCUCAUCGAUCACGUUCAAGAGCCAAACAUUCCAAAAACUGAUCUUGACUGGUUCAUCUCACAAUUCUCCCCGCCGGACAAAUGUCUAACACAAAAUCUUCCAUGUGACCACACAGCCAAAUACAGGCAAUUGUUCCCAUUAUAUAUACAAUUGCCCUUUUCGCAGAUCACCACUACAAUUUUAAGGUUACACUCCGGCUGGUGUAACAACCUUCAGCGUCCUGAGUUCGGCAUGGCAUUUCAACCGUUCAUGUAUCUUUUGCCACCCGAAUAUGACGACGGAAUUGAAAAACCAAGAAGUACAACAUCCAGAGAUACACCACUUCCAAAUCCACGAGUUAUCUCCAACAUCGUUCACCGAGAUUUUCCUGCCACCCAUCCUAAGUACUCGCAUAUGAUCAUGCAGUUUGGUCAGUUUAUCGGCCACGAUAUCACACAUGCACCUGUAGAGCAAGGUCCAGCAGGCGAGACACUGAACUGCAGCAGGUCAGUGGUUUAA